AUGAAGUUCUCCACCCUCACUCUCUCCCUCGCCUCUCUCUCUCUGGCUGCUCCCCAGUUCCAUCACCUGGACAACUCGCGAGCCCUGUCGCACGUCCACGACUACGCUUGGCCCCAGUCCGACUACACUUACCAGCUGCACGGAUACCGAAACGACCGGCGGUACGACAUGACCACCGAUGGCCAGAACCUGUACCUGGGCCACGGAUCCACCGGCGACGUGAACGGCCACCGGCUGCACAAUGUCACCGUUUACAUUGACGUGAACGGUGACGUGAACAUCGAUGGAACCAACUACGGCAAGAACCGUUAUGUUAGCGUUGACAACAACCGACUGGUGCCUUCGACCCGAGCCAACCGAAAGCUCAAUCUACACCGAGACACGGACAACUGGCGAAACGCCGACCUGCGGUACUCUGACAAGAACCAGUUCCUGGCCUGUCCUGUCGACUCCAAGGGCAAUGCCUAUGACAUUAGCUACGACCAGCAGUCCCACAACCACCUGCACCAAGUCUUUGUCAACAACGCCCCUUGCGCCAACCCCAUUGCCGUCAACGUCAACGGUAACCUCAACCAGGGCUACUCCCGGUACCAGGACUCGCGUCUGCGAGUCAUUGACAACAACCGGUUCCAGAAUGCCAACGUGUACCACAACGAUGGCCGGCUGAUGCUCAUUGACGAUCGGCAGCGAUCCCAGAACUACCACCCCUGGAACGGCCAGCUGUCGUACCGAGGUCAGCUUGUGGACAACCAGGGCCGAUUUGUGCGGCUCGGCAACCAGGCUUCUCUGCAGUUCACCGAUCGAAACCAGGUGCGACAGGGUCUCACUGGCUUCCAGAUCCGUGACAACCGGCUAACUUACCACAACCAGGGCUUCAUUGCUUGCCAGUACGCCAAUGGCAUGUGGGAGCUGCGACCCACUGGCGUUGAGAGCGCGGCCCAGGCCUGCAACAAUGCUCAGUACGUCGAGAUCGCCAUGGAGUCUCUACAGUAG